UCCACCAUGUUACUGUGUAAUAGCACCAUGGAUGGAUUAAGAGAACAGAGAAUAGGACGCCAACUCGGCAAGUCGCAUGCCGAUUUUCCGAGUUGUUGAUCUCACUUGAGGGCAUGGAUGUAUCAAGUUUGAGGGGCAUUCAGGUGAUUUUCCCAGUUGGGAACUAUUUUUUACAAUUAUUCCGACACCACAUGAAUGCAGCGUAACUAUCUAGCAAUAGGAGGCUUCCAUGAACAACAACGUCUCUGAUGUGCUGUCAGUGAUUUUCCCUUUCCGUGACCGCUGGUUGUGAACAACAGGCAGCAGCUGGACUGAUGCUGUUCUUCCAGCACCUGAACUGAACCUGAACUGACUGGCAAGCUCUUCUACUGGUGAGACUGUGUUGCUGCCAUGUCAAGGCGAAGCAGGAAUAGUCGUGCAUGGCGAUAUGUCUGGGGUGGGAUACGACGGGAUGCUGAUGCUCAGGCACUAGAAGAAUGGAACUACGACCGCCUAGAGUACAGUGAUUCAGACUCUGAGGCGGAUUUUUCAGCAGUGAUGGUCCCUCCAGUCCCCAGUGCAGUGCCGGUCACCGGAGAGUCCUACUGUGGCUGUGACUCCCAGGCUGAGACUAACUACAACCCUCGUAUGCGAGGUUUUCACCAGGUUAAAGACUGCCACUGUGGAGAGGAUGACCAAGAGUUUGACUGGGUUUGGGAUGCCAACAGCCGAUCGACAGCAACAUUACUGAGCUGCGACAAUCGAAAAGUGAACUUUCACUCUGAAUACAGCUGUGGCACAGCAGCAAUCCGUGGCUCCAAAGAGCUGGCUGAAGGGCAGCACUUCUGGGAGAUCAAGAUGACGUCCCCAGUGUAUGGAACAGACAUGAUGGUCGGCAUCGGUACUUCUGAUGUCAAUCUAGACAAAUACAGACACACGUUCUGCAGCCUGUUGGGAAAAGAUGCAGACAGCUGGGGUCUUUCUUACACUGGCUUGUUGCUUCAUAAAGGAGACAAGAUGAACUUCUCCUCCCGGUUCGGACAGGGGUCCAUCAUUGGAAUCCAUCUGGACACGUGGCACGGCACACUCACUUUCUUCAAGAAUCGCAAGUGUAUAGGUGUUGCCGCCACAGAGCUACAAAAUAAGAGGUUUUAUCCGAUGGCGUGCUCCACAGCAGCGAAGAGCAGCAUGAAGGUGAUCAGAUCCUGCUCUGCGUCCACCUCCCUGCUGUACCUUUGCUGUGCUCGCCUUCGCCAGCUGCUGCCGGACUGUAUAGACACCCUGGAUGUGUUACCGCUGCCGCCCGGCCUUCGCCAGUUGCUCCACAACAAACUGGGUUGGGUGCUCAGUCUCAACAGUGGCACCACGGAUGGAGCCCCAGAUGGGCCCGAGGCCCCCCCGCUCUUGCCUGUCCCCCCUUUGGCUGGACCGUCCUCCUCUGAGAGCGACUCAGAGGGUUGUACGUCUGACCCCGAAGCCUGUCAGAGGAAGAGAUGUCGCUGGACAUGACUGGACAGCUCGACUCCUACCUCCUCUUAAACUCUGGCAGACGUUAAUGUCCUGUGGCGUCUAAUCUAGUGUUUUCUACCUGCCUCAAGCUUUCCUCAACGUCAAUGUUAUCCAGUAGUGAAGAAAAUAACCAGGAUGGGAGUGGUACCUAGGUGGAAAACUGUGAAGGUAGUAUUUCUGCCUACACGCUUUUACUGUGAUCUUCUCUCAUGCCAUUCAGAUGUCUUCAUGCUCAUCAUACAUUCAAUAUCCAAACCAGCUUUAGUAAUAAGUGAAAAGAUGUGGUGUUACGUUGUUAGCUAUCAUAAUUUGUUGCAAUUAUGUAUGGGGAUUAGUGAAGUGGUGCAGGAAUGGACUGCACAGUGCAACACUGAAGUCAAGUAUGGAUGGCCACAUUUUGGUGGUCAUCAUGAUAUAGUAUUUGCAAAAAGGGGGUUUAUGUUAAUGUAUAUUGUUCUCAACGUCAAUGUUAUCAAUGCAUUAUCAUAGUAAUCUGUUACCUGUUUUACUUGCAUCUGCAAUUAUUUGUUAGGUUGCCAAAGUGAGAAUGAUUGGGGCACUAUGUCCUGUGAGUGGAACAGACAGGAAGCUGCACACUAUAGGUCAUAGAAUAUUCUUUAUUUCUUACCCACAGGUUACAGCUCUUAAGCAAAAACUUAACAAUAACAACAAUCCAAAAAUGUUUAGACAGAUCAAAAACUUGAGAAAUGUUAGAAAGAGGUGAAAUGAACCUGAAUGUACUGUACUUUUAGUCCUCAUAGAGCAGCCAUCAUCUCCAAACAACUCCCACACCUAUGAUUCCUUUUCAGAUAAUUCUAACUUUCUUGAGAAAUAAAGUUACAAGUCAAACGUUUGUUACAUUUAAAUGGCAACAUCCGUUUGUCACCAGAUUUAGAAAGUCUCCUGUUGAAAUGUUAUGCUUCUUGUUUGUAGAAAUUCUGGAUUUUUAUUUUUUAAAGAUGUAAGCAGUAGUAUACAUUAUUUGGUGUAGCUCUUUAAAUCUGAUCAUGAGACAAGCAUGCCACUCAGAAGAUACUGCCACACAAAGUAACUUUUCAUUGCUGUUAUACAUUAUCAUUUUUUGGAACUUUAAAAAAAGUUAGUUUCUUUGAUUGACAAAAUAUGAUAUUAUGAGCAGUUUUAAUGGUUUUUUUUGUACUGACCUGUUUAUGCAAGUAUGUUCUUUUGGUUUUCCCAAUGCCUUGUCCCAUCACUUCCUUUACAAACUCCUCUUUACUGUAAUUCAUUAAGGUUGUACUCUAUUCUGAAUCCUUUUAGGAUCAAACACUUAGCCUCUGUUGGCCUUACAGUUGGCUGUGGAAGGUUCCUUGUUUCCCCAUUAAAGGAGAACUUUGGUCAGCAUUAAUGUUAUUCCAAUGAUGAUAGUUUGAGGUUUUUACAGCAAAAAAUUGUUUUUGGUUAUAGAAACUUCUCACACUGCUCCUGCUCAUUAUCUACCACUCAGCUCUCUGUGUGCUUAGUGUGUUUCUAACAAUCUUUUUUUUUUUUUUUUAUAUGGCUAAAACACAGUUUACAUAUUGAGCACAUGAAAGAACAGUAGGUGGAUUAUACUGCAGGAGUGGUUUGCAAUGUUUCUGUGGAUGUUUAUAUAUUUUUUUUUUAUGGCCACCUUUCAAGACUACAGGGGCUGAGUGGUGUUAAGAUCAGUUCAAGUAUAACUUGAUCAUAAAUGACUGAGAAGGUGAACGUUACCCCUUGGCUCGGGUAUUUAAAUAAUUCUUAUUUUUACUUUCUUUGGAGUAUCAAACCAUGCCAAUAUAAGUAUUAAAUAGUGUUUGACCCAGAUGUUGAAGCCACAACCAGAUUUUGAAGCCAACUGCUGCCUCAGUCACCAGUCUUUGAUCAUGCUCACUCCUCAAGGAUCUUAAGUAGACAUACACAAUGAUUUAAGGUACUAUGCAAUACAGGCAUCUUAUAUGAUAAUGUUUUUUAGAAGGAAUGUGUGUGUUUUAAGAUGAUGGAGGCACUGACACAACAACAGCAGUGAAGGUACCAGAGGACCAUGAUCAUUAGUGAUAUGACACACUUAAUCAUGUCCAGUUGUGUAAUUUAUCAGAUUUAUCCCUAAAGAUGUAUGUAACCACCAAGAGGUUAGUCGUAGUCCAGUAGAUAUAUUUUUGUGUCUUUUUUCACAGUAUUUGUCUUCACAUUGAUGCAUCCAAGCACUUUUUCUUACUGUUUUACUGUAAAUAGAAAGACAUUCUAAGUGUUUCUUCUGUACCAUGUCAUAUUAAUAAUACUGUAUGUAAAGGCCUCUAACUGCCUUUUUCUGUAUAACUUAUCAGCAUGAUUUUCAGCUGAAAAUAAAAUGAAUGCUAAAUAUG